CGGGAAGGGGGCGGGGCCAGACUAUGGCUAGGACGUCAGGAAGCGAGAGCUGAAUGUUCUACUGGGCGUGUUCUGUUCGAGUAAGUGACCAUAGAGACGGUGCACGCUCUCCUGCGGCGGAAGCGUGCUUCCGGACGGUUACCACGGAGAUGGCGUGCGCUCUGUCCUUCCUUCUCUAUGGCCAGACCUCCGGCCGCGCUCUUCCCGGUGGAGCGAAGGGCGCUCUGCACACUCGUGGCACCUCCGGAGGCUCUUCACUCAGUCCACCUCGGGGCCGGCGGUGGUGGCGGAACUGAAGCGCCGGGGUCUGCGCUGCCUCCCAGGGGGAAGAGUUAGGCGGGGACUCCGAGGCCCCGGAGGGGAGCCCUUGGGCCUGCGCACCGGAAGUGUGGUCUCCGGAAGUCCCCGGCUCGGGCUGGCGAGGUCUGUGGGAAGCAGCGGCGGCGUCGGCGGCGGCAGGAGGAAGCCUCGGACCCAGCAUGUCUCAGGCUACCAAGAGGAAGCAUGUGGUGCAGGAGGUGCUUGGGGAGCACAUGGUGCCCUCGGACCAGCAACAGAUUGUGAGGGUUUUAGGGACCCCUGGCAACAACCUGCACGAAGUGGAGACUGCCCAGGGGCAGCGCUUUCUGGUCAGCAUGCCCUCCAAGUAUCGCAAGAACAUCUGGAUCAAGAGAGGCGACUUUCUCAUCGUGGACCCCAUUGAGGAAGGGGAGAAGGUGAAGGCCGAGAUCUCCUUCGUGCUCUGCAAGGACCACGUGCGCUCCCUGCAGAAGGAGGGACUCUGGCCGGAAGCCUUCUCUGAGGUAGCCGAGAAGCAGAGCAACAGCAGGAACAGACCGCCUCAGCCAGAACUUCCAGGAGAAACCCAGUCUUCUGAAGACGACAGUUCUGAAGACGAUUCUGACCUCUUCGUCAACACCAAUCGCGUCCAGUACCAGGAGAGCGAGGAGGAGAGCGAGGAGGAGGCCUGAGGCUCCAGCCUCCCUGCCAGCUGGAAGCCGAGUCUGCCCCCCGACCCCACCUCCACGGACAUAAAUGGGCUUGCUCUGUGUGCCCACCCCCUGGAUGGGGAUGAGGCCGGGCUCCCACCUGAACUCCUGCUCUUCUCUGUAAGAGAUUAAACCCCUGGUGGGUUGAGAGAGAGCCGUGCAUUGACGUGUACCAGUGUGCCUAGUAAAGCGAUUCCGACUUUGA